UGGACAGUCACACAGCAACCAGCACACCAGAACUUCAGUAACAACAUAGACCAUCAGGAGCCAUCUCUCACAGAAACCAGCACACCAGAACUUCAGUAACAACAUAGACCAUCAGGAGCCAUCUCUCACAGCAACCAGCACACCAGAACUUCAGUAACAACAUAGACCAUCAGGAGCCAUCUCUCACAGAAACCAGCACACCAGAACUUCAGUAACAACAUAGACCAUCAGGAGCCAUCUCUCACAAUGAAACAGACUGUGGGGAGACGGGAGAGUGAACGGAUGUUUUGGACAACUACUGCAGCCAUUUUUUCAAUAGUAACAAGCUUGGUUGGUUUAUUGGUAGUUUUUCCUGGCCAGUCUCCUCCAACUACUGCUUGCCCGAGUGGUCACUACCUGCUAGCCCGAGACCAAAAGCCUCUCCAGUGCGUGCCAUGUCCAGACGACAUGUACAUGCCGGACACUGACCACACCAACGAGGCGUGUGCACGCUGCACCGUACCGGAUGUUCGUGAACACCAGACGCUACUGCGCAUGUGCAACUCUACGCAUGACGCGGAGCUGGGCUGUCACGUGGGUUACUUCAUGUCAAGGUCACAGUACGGUGACCUUCAGUACCAGGAGUGUCUGAGAUGCAUGGACUGCCCGGCCCUGGGGUUAACAGAGGCCACACCCUGUGGUCAGUUCUCGGACAGUGAGUGCUGUACCCCGCCAGGUGUCGCUACUGACGUCAACACGACACAUGUGUACUGCUGACGUCAACACGACACUUAUGUACCGCUGUGAGCUGGGGUGAAUGUGUUCACGUCUGCCAUAUGUUGAACAUUGCGUGGCUUUAUGACCUGUGUAAAUAAUGUAUGUAACUGUGACGCCAUUUUUAGAACAGAUUUUGAAAAAUGUUUGGAAAAUUUGGAAAAUGAUCGAGUAAAACAUUGGGUUUUUUAUUAUUAUUUAUUAUCCAGUUAUAAAAAAAACUCAACUUGGUCAAAAAAAAUUAGUUAAAGGAAGUG